UUCUACAUACAUAUAUAUAUGUAUAUAUAUACCCUCAUUGUCGUUGAUCACUUCCAAAAAAAACACGCUGACAAUGGAGAGAUACAGACUCAGAGCAAACUUCAACCCCAAUCUCUCUCAAACACUCUCCAUUCAAACGAACCCCCCAUCUCAUAUCUCUCUCCCUCCAAAAACUCCAAUCACCCGCCGAGUCUCCGCCGCUGACGAUGCAGAUAUCUGCGUCUUCGAUGCCGAGCGAUACUUCAAAGAGACCUGCGAUCCAUUGACCAACCCGCGAGACUCUUCGGUCUCGUCGGUGGACGGAUAUGCGAAAAGUUAUCGGUCAUUUCGAUCGGCAACAACUCCGACUCUGUCAUCAGAGGCGAGCUGGAACAGUCAGUCAGGGCUUUUGAAGAACCCCCCUCGUUCUGUUAAUGUUAGUGUGAGAGCUUUUCCUUUGAAUGAGAAGAGAAAGAAUGGGUUGUGCCGGAGAUUUUUCGGCCGAAACUGUCCCUGUUACGGGAAAAAAUCGGUUGACGUUGAGGAGAAAAGUGCGGAAUCUAAGAGUACUCUUCGAGUCGGUGCGGAUAAAGUGAGUACUGAUGGAAGUACUUUGGGCAGUAAAGAUUCAGUUGAGGGAGUGGCAAAGUUGAAAUUAUCAGCUGGAAUUUGGGCAAAAGACUCUAAAUGUCUCUCGCCCAAGGUCGGUCCCCGGAUAGUGAACUCCGCGCCGACGUUCACCGAGUCUGCUGGAUUCUCCUUCCCGAUACUCGCCCCGCCGCUGCUUCCGCCGCCGGAAACGGAACCGGCGAUGAUGAUCCGCCCCGCGCCUCGCUCGAGUGUUCCGGCCGGCAAUGAGACGGCGAAGAUCAGAGGUCGGGCCGAGUUUCUCCGAAGGCCGCCUCCGUUUCGCCGGAGCGAUGACGUGGCGAGUGACACAAGCUCGGACCUGUUCGAGAUCGACAGCUUCUCGACGAACUCCGGAGCUCCGUCGCCGGGACUCGCUCGACGAGUUUCCGAGGAUGACGGGGACCCCGUCAGAGAUCCCUCGGGGUGGGGAGCUGGACUGACGACCGAGGCGUCGGUUGCACCGAUGAGUGCUAUCCGCGAGCGAGGUGAGCGUCGUGUGGAGCGUGACGGACAGCUGACGGAGGGUUCGAUCUGA